GGCUACCACGCAGCCACCGUAGUGCGUUUGCUGGACGUCACUGCCAAAAACAAGAUGUCGGUCGCCAAGCUGGUAACAACCCAGUUUAAAGGUUUUACCAAGCGUGGUUGUGUGUUUGCUGUUGCCGUACCAUGUAGUUCUUGUUGGGGGCAAAUAUGAAAGCGGUGUCUGUUGUCUGUAGUUAGCAUAGAGAUGCUAAAAUCGUAAUCGAGCAGCGGUGGCACAAACAAAGACAAAGUCGUACUUUCCUUUGGUUUGACGGGGUUUAAAAAGAAAAAUAUCAGUGUAGCGGCGGAGUCGCCAUCAUGUCAGAUCUGGACACCCUUGUUGUCACCUUCCAGACGCAGCUCCUGGACGUGAUGGAGACUGUGGUGAAGACAGCCAUGUAUAAGGUCACACAGUUGGUGGAGGACGGCUUCUUGGAUGAGAUGAAGCGCAAGAACCGGGAGGUGGAGACCCUGAGGAUGAAGCUGCAAUGUGCUGAGAGGAAAUUAAGUGUGAAAGAAGGAGGCGUGUGCGUUGAUAUUGCUGGCAAUGACACUGUUAACGCUUCAGAGGACCUGCAAGAUGAUGUUUUGAUGGACUGCGGUGUGGAAAGAGAGCGAGACAGCACUGGAAGGUCAGUAGGGACCCAAAGAUGUGAAAUGAAAUCCGACGAGGCUCCAGCAGUUCUCCCCAGCCCUGAGGAGGACACACAUACAAUGAAACAUACUGAUGGGAUGCCAGUGGUGAAGGAAGAAGUCGGCUUGGAGGACGUUAGGACGUCGGCUAAGCCUCUGUCCGUGGAGAUGGACGCUGGUUGGACUGGCCAAACACUGCAUCAUCAGAGACUUGGAACUGACAGAGAGUGCGAACCAACCAAAGCCAAAGUAUCUCCACAGCGAGCGGGGCAGGAGCUGGAAGACUAUUUUGCAGACGGUAAUAUGAGUCCUGUUACUCGAGAUCGGCUUUGUAGCUCCUCCUCCAAGACAAGACUGCAACACCUCGCCUCGCUCGGUGUAUCAAUCAAGCAGGAGAUGACUGUGGAUUCACACGGGGCUGAGGACAUCAAACAGGUGCGAAAAGAAGCGACGACAAAUUCAGGGAUUGCAUCCGUCUCGUGUGCAAUAAAGAGGAACAGGUUGAGUUCUUUAGCACCAAAGCACAACACAAGUUCCUGUAAACCCACGGCGCAGCAGGGGAUCAAGGUGAAUUCCAAACAAGGUACGUGUGACAGGCUGCAGGCUGCUAUGAAGCAUCUCAUUCGGCCCGUGAAAAAGCCCACGCCCGCACUGUGCAACACAUCUUACUCUCAGGCCUUGGAUCCCCUGAACAGAAAUCCCUCCACAUCUAAAGCCACGCCCCCUGCCGCCCUUCCACGGACUCACCCCGCAAAUAAAGUAACCCUUAGUCGAACUGGCCCCCCAUGUGUCACCAACAGACCACAGCCUCAGUGUGCCACCUCCCACCACGCACACCCUUCAUCCCACCCAGAUGGCGUCCUCAGGCACCCCCUGCGCUGCGGCCAUUGUGACAGAUGUUUCCCCCAUCUCAGCAACCUGAAGGCCCACCUGCAGACUCACACAGGCGAGAGGCCUUUCUGCUGCUCUCUGUGUGGUCGCAGCUUCACCAAACUGAGCAACCUCAAAGCCCACCGGCGAGUCCACACCGGAGAGAGACCAUACUGCUGCUUAGCCUGCGGCAAACGCUUCACACAGAAAUGUAACCUGAAACGGCAUCAGAGGAUACACGUGGACGAAUGAUGGCAGUUGUGACGCCACAGCGUUUUUUUUGUGUUGUGUGCGUGUGUGUGUAAAUGUCUGAGAUUGUGUCUUUUGUCAUGUUGUGCAGUUCGGGUAAUACGCUGUAUUUGUCUCUUGGGAGUCUUUUACAUGUACAGUGGAACCUUGGUUAGCGUCAUUCACCCAUUCCAGAUGGUGCGAAAUGUUUCCCUUAAGAAAUAAUGUAAAUCCAAUGAAUCCAUUCCAGAAAGCCUUAACACAAAACAUGUUUUUAUAGUUUUACAAUGAUUGUUUUACAUGCAGAAAACACUUCAAAAUGCAUACAAAUGACCAACACUUUUACCUUGAUCGAAGACGUGAUUGUUGCCAAAGACGGCGACGUGGCAGCAAAAGCCACUAGGGACGCUACCUUCAUGUUUUGCUCCGAGUUAUUUCCGGAAUUGUGGAAAAAUUGAGAAAGUGUUUCCAGCCUUUUUCAAAAUGCUCUCACUUGCAACUUUCUUUGGCUCCGUUACAGCUUAUUUUGCCGCCGUGAUCGAAAGAAGAGAGACUUGUGGCAUAACUGUGUUCGGUAGCAAAGAACUACACCCAACCGCUGAUGACAUCAUAGACGGGCGACGGAGCGGACUUCUUCUUCCUGUUUCCAUGAAGUAACAAGCUA